AUGAACUCGUGCACUCUUCGUCCGCCAAACGAUCGGGAUCUAAGUGAUGACAUCAUCGGCAGUGUCUUGGAAGGCAGAAAGUCGAACCGACACUUUCUCACCCACGAUAUCCUAGCUUUUCAAGAGGGGCGUCCAUCGCACCGGACAUACUUCCAGCCGCCCCCCACUUCGUCCAUGAGUCAGGCCACCGACACCAAGUGCAUGAAUAGCAGGUCUCGUGUCUCGAGAAGCGAUGCAGCUGCAGCUCUCGGGCUGCUUUCACUGAUGAACGGAACGGAGCGGCGCAUAGUCCCGUCUCCAUACGCUGAAAGAUGUUAG